CCACAUUUUUGUUUCUUGAAAUUUUUUCCUACACUCCCACCUCUGGACCCUUUUCUCACGGUCACACCUCACUGCCAACCGCCAGAAGGAAGUGGAUUAUCAGCAUAACUAAACCCUCUCCCUCUCUCUCUCUCUCUAUAAAUAUAUAUCUCUGUACGUCUAGACACAGACACACACACACAUAUAGAUAUUAAUAUCCACAUUCGUCUCAUUGGCCAUUCACUUUCUCUGUUCGCAUUCUCACUCUUCUCAGUUAACAAAACACGUUUUCUUCUUUGUUUUGGUGGGUUUUCCUUCUCUUGGACUGAGAAAUUUGAGGUCUGAAACUCUCCGACUCCCCAAUCUUGGGUAAACGCCUGAAAUUUCUCUCUGAGGAUUUGAAGGAAUUGUUGGUUCUUUGGGAGAACUGAUGGCACGACUGCCAUCCUCCCAAGAAGAUAGAGAAAUGAUCGGUCCCAAAGGAAUGAUCAAGAAGCAGGAAUUUGUUAAAGUCAUGACUAGGGGAUUGUACUGUCUUGGAUAUGAACAGUCUGGGGCCCUUCUACAGGAGGAAUCAGGGAUUCAGCUGCACUCACCAGCUGCAAGUUUGUUUAUACAGCAAGUUCGGGACAGAAAAUGGGACGAAAGCUUGGUGACAUUACGUACAAUUGGUCUCACUGAUGAAACCAUUGUGAAAUCAGCAUCUUUCUUGAUAUUGGAACAGAAGUUCUUGGAGCUUUUGACAGAGGAAAGAAUCAUGGAUGCUUUAGGUACUCUGAGGGAUGAGAUUGUGCCCCUUUCAGUCAAUCUGGAAAGAGUUCAUGAGCUUGCAGCCUGCGUCAUCUUGUCUUCCCAGCACACAGGGCUUGGGCUUUCCAGUCAAGAUAAUGUUAAACAGGCUCUUGAUAAAUUGGAGAAAGUGCUUCCUGUAGUAAUGAUACCUGGAAGAAGGUUAGAAAAUCUAGUUGAACAGGCUCUUGAUGUGCAACGAGAUGCUUGUGUUUUUCAUAAUAUUUCGAAUAGUGAACUCUCGUUGUACUCGGAUCAUCUGUGUGGAAGAAAGCAGAUUCCUUCUCAAACACUGCAGGUAUUGGAAGCACACAAAGAUGAAGUUUGGUUUUUACAAUUCUCUCACAGUGGAAAUUUUUUGGCCUCAUCAUCCAAAGAUAAAUCGGCAGUUAUAUGGGAGGUCAAAGAUAAUGGUGAAGUAUUAUUGAAGCAUGCAUUAAAUGGUCACCAGGAACCAGUGUCUAUGAUUUCAUGGAGCCCCAAUGAUUCUCAUCUCCUCUCUUGUGGACAGGAGGAGGUCGUCAUACUCUGGGAUGUCAUAUCUGGUGAACGUCUCCGUGUUUAUGAGAAAGCUGGUGUUGGCCUGAUAUCAUGUGGAUGGUUUCCGGAUGGUAAGCAAGUAGUCUCUGGUUUGAAAGACAAGAGCAUCUGCUCGUGGGAUUUGGAUGGAAAAGAGUUGGAGUGCUGGAAAGGGCAGCUGAUAGUCAAUAAAAUAUCAGACAUGGCCAUAACUCAUGAUGGGAAGAUUAUCAUGACCAUUUAUAAAGAAACUGCAAUUCUGUUGUUUGACCGGGAAGCAAAAUUUGAGAGACUAAUUCAAGAGGACGAAGUGAUUACUUCAUUCUCACUGUCGGAGGACAACAAAUUCUUGCUGAUUAAUCUUGUAAACCAAGAAAUUCAUCUUUGGAGCAUAGAGGGAGAUCUAAAGAUCGUUUCCAAGUAUGAAGGUCAUAAACGUACUCGAUUCGUCAUCAGAUCUUGUUUCGGUGGAUUUGAGCAAGCAUUUAUUGCCAGUGGGAGUGAGGAUUCACAGGUAUAUAUAUGGCAUAGAGGCACUGGAGAACUCAUUGUAAUACUGCCUGGCCACACUGGAUCUGUUAAUUGUGUCAGUUGGAAUCCCAAAAACCCUCGUAUGUUGGCUUCUGCCAGUGAUGAUCGUACCAUCCGAAUAUGGGGUAUGAUUUGAAGCGCGAAGGUACUCCUAGCGAUGGCACUGCUCACCAACCCUAAUGGAAGCACCUGAAACAAUCCUUUUAAGAGAGAAAAAAAGUUACUCUUACAUGUGAUAGAGCUAUUAUCCACCAUCGUGUAAAUUCUCCUUUCAUUUGACUUUGUUUUGGGCCUCCAUGGCAAGCAAAAACAGCCUGCUAUCUGCCAGUUAACUGUGCAAGUCGAUCAUCAUUGUUUUAGUUGUA